AUGGUACUUCUGAAAUGGCUCCCUUAUAGAUUAGUGGACAAGUUCCUCUUAAUGCUGGCCAACUUCACCUUGGGAAGAACGGAUCAAUUAGGCCUCCGGCGGCCAAAAAUGGGGCCAAUUGAGCUAAAAAAUGCCACCGGAAAGACACCAGUGCUCGACGUUGGAGCAUUAUCACAAAUUAAAUCUGGGAAAAUUAAGGUAACGGGAGGGGUGACAGAGAUAACGAAGAAUGGAGCCAAGUUCAAGGAUGGACAAGAAAAGGAAUUUGAUUCUAUAAUCUUAGCUACGGGGUACAAAAGCAAUGUCUCCAAUUGGCUUAUGGGUACUGAUUUUUUCACCAAGGAUGGCAUGCCAAAAACAGCUUUUCCUAAUGGUUGGAGAGGAGAGAAUGGAUUAUAUGCAGUCGGAUUCACACAAAGAGGUCUCAUCGGAACCUCGUCCGAUGCAAUAAACAUCGCCGGAGAUAUUGCUGAUCAAUGGAGGAUAAUCAACGGCUAUAAAAAUAGUUGUGACUCACAUGUACUCUUCAAAGAUAGCCAAGAAAAGUAA